AUGGCAACACCCCUAUCCAACCUCGAGCUCAUCAGGAGCACAAUCUCCGGUGUCGUUAUCGCAUUCGAUAGCAAGAACUUUCAGAACCUCAGAAAUUUCUUCACCGAAGAUUGCCUUGCUGACUAUCCACGCUCACUUGGGCAGCUGCAAGGAGUCGACUCUGUCAUCGCGGGCCUACAGAAAGCGAACGGACACAUUGGCACCUUUCAUGCCUUGACGACUCGAGCAAUACAUCUGACUGGGGGUAAUACCGCAGAAGCUACCACUUACUGUUCUGCUGGUCAUUUCUCCGUUCACAAAACAUUUUUUGCGGACGCAAGAUAUUUUGACAAGCUUGUGAAGGUCAAUGAUGGAGACCAUGUCAAGUGGAUGAUUUCCUCCCGCCAAACCAAUAUGGUGGGCAUUCCGCGUGGUGAUUUUUCCAUUCUCAACAUGAACUUUGAUAUUUGCCUUGACGAGCUGAAGGGCGAGAAUGCGGCUUUCACUACAUUUGGAUGA